UUCGACACACCAUCGAGUUGGUCGAGGGUGUUGUUCCUCCAAAGGGGUGCGUGUACCGUAUGGGACCCGGCGAGUUGGAGGAACUCCGACGACAGAUCGAUGAGAUGAUUGACAAAGGGUGGAUCAAACCAAGUGAAUUUGAAUUUGGUGCUCCUGUGUUGUUUGUGCCAAAGAAAGGAGGUAAACUCCGCAUGUGUAUUGACUAUCGCGGUCUAAACCGCAUCACGAGAAAGAAUGUUUAUCCAUUGCGUCGUAUAGACGACUUGCUUGAUGUUGCAGGCGGGUGCAAGGUCUUCUCCAAGAUCGAUCUCAAGUCUGGCUACCACCAGAUUGAAGUCGAUCCUGCGGACCAGCACAAGACUGCGUUCAAAACACGCGACGGGCUUUAUGAGUUCACCGUAAUGCCCUUCGGUCUUACGAACGCACCAGCCACUUUCCAAAGCCUCAUGGACAAGGUCCUCCGCGAACAGAUUGGCCGGUUUGUGGUAGUGUACCUGAAUGAUAUUAUGAUCUUCAGCAAGUCCAUGGAGGAACACCUCAAGCAUCUUGAGGAGGUGCUCGCUAUCCUCAAGAAGACGCAGCUCCAUCUCAACUUGGAGAAAUCAAAGUUUGGGAAGGAUAGCGUCAUCUAUCUUGGGCACCGGUUGUCUGCUGCAGACCUAGAGCCUGAGGCAACUAAGAUUGAGGUCAUACGUGAUUGGCCUCAGUCGGCGAACAUACUCGAAUUGCGUUCUUUCCUUGGUCUCACGUCGUACUAUCGGAAGUUUGUACCCCGUUUUUCUAUCAUUGCUCGUCCGUUGUCGCGACUAACCAAUAAAAAUGUGUCUUAUUCCUCGGAUGCCGUGUGUACGGAAGCUUUUCGAACUCUCAAGGAAGCCUUGGUAAGUUACUCGGUACUUCGCAUUGUAGAUCCCAAACUGACCUUCGUAGUUACUACGGAUGCAAGUCAGUAUGGAAUCGGUGCAGUGCUGCAACAAGAUGACGGCGAUGGCCGGCGGCCACUCAAGUUCUACAGCAAACGAAUGCCCAGCGUAAAGGUAGCCACUUCCACCUACAUGCGCGAGCUCUACGCUUUGCGUAUGGCCGACAUUGGAGGGGGGAGUGGCGAUUCUGGACGGAGGAGGCGCAAAACGGUAGCAGAAAAAGGAAAAGAAAACGUUGCAAGCACCUCCGCUACACCCACAUCCACAGUGACCUCGGACCCUUCGCUGUUCGUUCCACAAGACAAGGCGAGGCAGGACAAGUUGCAGAGGGAGAAGCCUGUGUGGAAGUACGCAGAACAGGGUCAGGAAGCCGGGGCGAAAGGGAAAGGCGAGUAUUGGGUGAGGUGUCGGUUGUGCAUGCAGAUUUGGAGGGGCACGAGCUCAAGAGCGGUGGAACAUCACCUGAAGACGCAGAAACCUUGUCCAUUGUGCACAGGGGAAAUGGUGAAUGAGCUCGUCAACGCCGGGGGGAAAGUGUUGCCGGGUGAUAAGAAUACGCGGUACUUGCUGAAGAAUUACAGGCAGCUGCACGGGAUUCCGGAAGGGGGGGUCGAUCAGACGGAGAAGGCCGACGAGGUGGUUGAAAUUCCCGCAUACCUUGAGCCACAGCCACCGCCCACUGCGGGCAGGGCUGCUCCUCCAUGUGAUGCAGGGGAUUUGCACAAGGAGAAUGCUUUGGAUGCGGCGGGGGGUGAGGUGUCGGGGUCGAACACACGACUGUCCUCAUUGCAGCAGUCAACAAUAAGGAGGUGGGUGGACAACAAUGCGCAGAAGAAACUGGACAUCGCAUGGGCGGAGGCCAUGUUUCGUGCUGGGAUCCCGUUCAACUUCCUAAACUUCGAAACCACCCAGAAACUCCACGAAGUGUACCUACAGGUGGCAAAGUCAAGACCGCAAGUGAAACUGCCCUCCUUCAACCACAUGAGGACCGUCAUGUUGGACAUUGUGUACAUGCGAGUGCAGAAGACGGUGGAGCCAUUGACGACUUGUUGGGAUGUGAGCGGGUGUACGUUCAUCACAGACGGAUCGAGUGAUCGUCGGGAGCGGCCCGUGAUGAACUUCUUGGCAGCUGGGGUGGAUGGGGCGGUUUUGGUGGUGACGGUGUCAAUGUCCGAGAGGGAGAAGACCGGACCUGCAUCGGCGAAACUUUGGGAGAAGAUCAUGAGGGAAAUCGGACUGCGUCGAAUCAAUGCGAUCUGCACUGACAACGCGGAGGUCAACAAAAGGGCGGCUCAGAUCUUGGAGCGACGAACGGACAAGGAGGUAGCAAGGAUUCCGUGGGUUCCUUGCACUGCGCAUUGCUGCAGCCUUCUCUUGCGCGACCUCAGCAAACUCGAUUGGGUGAAGCACACCGUUAAAAGGGGCCACACAAUCGUCAAGUUCAUUAGAAAUCACCACAGCACAAACAGUCUGAUGAUGACAGUGGACGAUUCACUGUCUCUUUUGCGGCCCACGGAGGUGCGCUUCGGGUUAAUCUACCAAAUGUUGGAGAGGAUAUACGACAGGAGGGCGGUAUUGAAGGACAUGGUCAACGGUCGUAAUGCAGCAAAGUGGAAUGCGAUCCGAUGGUCCACGUCGAAGUUGAGGGCCAGAUCGGAUCUGGUGUACUUCACACUGAGGAGUGAUGAGUGGUGGACGGGGUUGAACAAGGUGGUUGAGGUGAUGGAGCCCGUGUUCGGCCUCUUGAGGCGGAUGGAUCAGGACGGUACCGCUCCCACAAACCUUGUCGAGUAUGACAACAUGAUACAGAGGAAACUUAACCAUGUCGUUCUCAUGGUGGAGCAGCGGGCGAGCGUGAUGGAGAAAGUCAAAGAUCGCAUGAAGAUGAUGCGGCAGCCCGUCCACGCAGCGGCCUUUCUUUUGGACCCGCGCAAGAGAGAUCCGAGGUGGUUGCAUGACCAAGACAGUGCGCUUGUGCAGAAUGCCAUGCGCUUUCUCUCGAGGCAGAAGAUUGCGAUCAAGGUUAUGGGCAUGUGGAGCACCGCAUCGCCAGUGGAGAGGAACUGGGCUUCCAUGGACUUCAUCCAUUCCAAACGGAGGAACAAGUUAUCGCCAGAAAGCUUGGCGAAGCUAGUGUACAUACACUGGAACAUGCAGCUACUGCGUGUUCCGGAGACUAAGAACAACGGAUUUGUGGACUUGUGGUGUGACUUCGUCGAGCCCGCCCCGGAGCCUGAAGAGAACGAUGGAUCGGUGUCGAAGGGGCCCGAGGAUGAGGCUGAGAAGACAGAGGAGGAGAUUGUAAGGGAACAGAGGCUCACAAAGACUCUGAAGGGAAGGGUUCCAAGAAAUCUCGAGGACAAGGACGAAGAGCUCACAGAUGACAGUGAUUUGGAUGACGAGCUGUGGAAGGGGAAAUGCGGAUUCUCGGAGGACUCAAGUGGCAGCGAAGAGGAUGAUGACGAUGACUCCGAUUUUGAGCUACGAUCGGAGUCGUCCGUCCCAGGCACGAUGUACGUCGGAAGGAGGCGUACCGGACGACAAUGCAGAGAGCCACGCCGGGCAGCGAUGGAGCCCGGGGUAAGGGAAACUUCACUGUACAAUCCGCAAUCUGAUGUCGAGUUCGCACGCCUAGACACGGAUGUUGAGACGUUGCUGGAAACGAGGGUGGACAAAGAUGAGGAGGAUGCAAACCGUGCCAAGGCUAUGGCUGACCGGGAGACCGAACUCGUCAACAAACGUAUGAUGGAGGAGGAGGCCCGCCGUGCAGCUAUCCCGACCAGGAGAGAGAUCGAGAGAGGUCUCAAACAAGCCAGGGAGCACCAACAACAGAUCGAUCAGGCAUUGGAGGUUGUUGAAGAAGGAGAAGAGGAGGAGGAGGAGCACCAGGCUGAGGUGGGAGAUUACAUGUCACAGGAAGAAGAGGCGGAGGGCAUGGUGCAACCGCAGGAGGGAGAGGAGAUGGAGCACCAAGAAGAAGAGGAAGGCACGGUGCAAGGCGGGGAGGAAGAGGAAAUGCAGCAGGAAGAGGAGGGGGAAGGAUUGGCGCAGCAGAAGAUGCAGCACGGCGAGGUCGAUACAGCCCGCAAAGACGAGCCCGUCCCACAGCGACAGCAGUCUACACACGCAGGCCCCGGCCAGCGGAGUUUCCGGAGUCCGAGGCGAAGAUACCGGAAUUCCCCGCAAGGAGGGAGGAUGUCCAGCAUGACAACCUGUGGGUGAGCCGAGCGGGCAGGAAGAGAAAGGAGCCAUCACAGGACGCUCCUGCACAGCCAAAACA